AUGGAUCAAUUGGUUGAAGAAAAUAAACAACUAAAAAAAUUUAUUGAGCAACAGAAUGAAUUAAUAUUGAAUUUACAAUCUCAAGUCAAAUUGUUAUUAAACAGAGAUAGUAGUCAAAUUAGUAGUAGUAGUAAUGGUUCAAUAACUGAUCAAACUAUACUUAAAACCAAUAAUAAACUCACGUCAAAUAAAAAUGAUUCGACGAGAUCCAUACCUAUACAGGAUGAUGAACCUUUAUUACCACGAAUCACACCUUCUUCACCAGAAAAGACACCAUUAGGUUUAUCAAUAUCAUUAUUUGAAGAUGAUUUAGUAAAUUCUUCAUCAUCCUCGAAUUUAGUUGAAAAUAUCACAACUCCAAAGCAAGUUACAUCAUUUUCUGUCAAAAAUAAUGAAAGAUCUCUACCAUCACCCAGGCGACAAUUGCAAAACCUUCAAAAAGAGCAAAAAGAGCAAAAAGAGCAAAAGGAACAAAAGGAGACUAAGGAGCAAAAGAAUCAAAUGGACUUAAAGUCAUCUCAGGAUAACAAAACAAAAUAUAUGAAAGAACCCUCAUUGCUGACUCCUUCAUCAUCAUCCUCUUCAUCCCAAAUACCCAGAGCUAUAUCAAAAACAGAUGAUAGUGCUAGAUCGAAUUCUCCUCAAGAAAUUCCAAUGAGAUCAGGUAGAAGAAUUAAUCAAACCAAUACGACCAAUAUUAACAAUCAUUUUAGCAAAGAAGUUGAGAAGGAUACCUUUGAUAAUUCAACUAUAAAAUCAUCUUCCUCAAAAUCAACCUCACUUUCACAACUCCCUACUUCAAUUUCAAAUGCAAGCAAUUUGUCCUCAAGAACAGUUGAUAGAGAUAUAGAUACCUCCGUUAUUUCGGAUAAAGGAUUACACAUUGCAACAUCAAGGGAUAGUGAAAAAGAAAACAAAGAUCAAAGUAAUACCACGAUUGGUGAAACAUCAUUGAACAAAUUUGGUCAUACAUUGAACACGGUAAGCUCCAUCGAUUCAGCAUCUAAAUUUGAUGAUACAAUUGAAAGUCAAUUGAGUCAAAUAUCAGACUCUUUUAGAUCUAAUGCUGAUUUAUUAUCAUCUACUUUGUCAAAUACAACCAUUUCAAAUUCCAAUAAUAACAAUAUUUUACCUAAAGCUCAAUCUCAGAAUAAUAGAAUAUAUUCAAAUAGUAAAAUGACAAGAUCUACCUCAAGUGCUGCUUCCACAUAUAUGUCAUCUAGAAUAAAACCACCUGGUUCCGACCAACAAAAUAAUCAACAACAAACAACAAACAAAGAAGUCACAACUUCUUCGCAUCCUUCACCAACAAUAGAUUUGGCUCCUCCUACAUCAUUAAAAUUAGCAUUCAGCGAGAAGAAUGAUUCUAAAUCAAACGUGUCCUCAUACACUACUCCUACAAGUCAAGAAAUCCCAAGAUUUAGUGAUGAGUCAAGUAAACAAUAUGCAGUCACACCAGAUGGAUUCAGUGAAAAUACAAAAUUUGAUGAGUUUGCAUCACCUAGUUUUAGUGCUAAAAAUUAUAAUGCUACUCCACUGUUCAAUACUCAACAAAAUUCCUCAUUUCAUCAAAAUAAUGGAGAAUAUUAUGCAUCAACCAUUCAACCUAAUAAUUAUAAUCAAGCAUCGUAUCCACCAAAUCAGCAACAGCCUUAUCAAAAUGUGAACGUCAAUCAACCUUACGCUUCGUCAAAUACUUAUCAAGAGAGCAAACAACAAUUGGAUCCACCGUAUGAUUUGAGCCGUACGUCGUUUAAUGAUCGACCACCUCAAUUUAACCAGGAUCCACCGAAAGCAAAUAAUUAUCUGCAGCUGAGUUUUUCUAGACCAAAUUAUCAAACACCUACUUCUUCAACUAAUAACGUAAACAAUACAAGCCCUUAUACUCCUGGUGGCUCAAGUUUUAAUGUUUUGCAUACACCAAAAACAGAUAUGGAUGAAUCGUUAUUAUUUAUCAAGCCUGAUGAAUUUCACACAAUAUUCAUCAAAGUUGUUAGUACAAUCCAUGUAUCUACAUCAAAUAAUCAAUCAUCAAAAAAGAGUGAAGAUCCAAAAAUCACAUUAACUAUAAAUGAUAGAGAAUCAAAUAAAGAAAUGUGGAGAAUACGAAAGACUUUUUCCCAAUUAAUUGCAUUUGAUUCUGAAAUACGACCCAUUGUGGAAUUUUUCGGACUUGGCUCGUUGCCCGAUAAACUAAGCUUUUUAUCAACGACUCCAAGCAAAAUUGAAAAUAGAAGAUCAAUAUUGCAAAAUUAUUUUAAUUCCGUAUUCUUAAUGCCUCAUAUCCCACACAUGGUAUUAUAUAAAAUAUGUUUCUUUUUAUCAUUAGAUUUCUUGAAUCCUUUAGAUGAUUUCAAAAGUGGAUCAAGGAAAGAAGGGUUUUUGGUGCGUCGUUAUAAAGGGUUAGGUAAUAGUUGGAAAAUCAGAUGGUGUCAAAUCGAAAGUAAUUAUCUUGAGAUAUAUCAUCACCCAGGUGGUCAAUUACAAGAAUCAAUUCCAUUGACCAAUGCACAAAUUGGAAGACAAGCAUCAGAUUCAGUAGCUGAUGAUAAAGGAUACAGACAUGCAUUUUUAAUUAUGGAAUCAUCAAAAUCUUCAAAAUUACAUACUACCCCAAGCAAACAUUUCUUUUGUGCGGAAACAGAUGAAGAAAGAGAUGAUUGGGUUACUGCAUUAAUUGAAUUCACUGAACCAACACAAUCAAAUGAAUCAUCACCACAAAAAUCGAAAGAAAACUAUGAUGACAUUCCAACACCUAUAGAAUAUGAUAAAAAAUUCCUGUAUGAUAAUUAUAGUCCCAGUCAUAACAACAACAACAGCAACAAUUACAACAAUAAUACCAACAAUCCAAACUUUUCAUCAAAUGGUUAUGGUGACCAAGUAUCAACAAAAACGUCUACAUCGAAUGAAGAACAAGCAAAGAAAAUGAAAAAAAGAAGUUAUUUCUCAUUCAAUAGGAAUAGAACUAAUUCAAAUGCUGAUGAGUCAGUUAUACCUCAACAACCCCCACCACCACAAUAUCAACAACUGCAACAGCAGUUUUCAAAGUCACAAAUUUAUGAUAACGAGCAAAACUACAACAAUCUCAAGCAACCACAAGGUAAUUUAAAUGCUUCAAAUAAUUAUUAUCUUAAUGGUCCCAAUACUUCCUCAAUUCCGAAUAACUCAACAUAUAAUGCUCCCUCUCAACAACAAGAUAAUUCAAAUUCAAUGCAACAAUACUUGAAUGAUCUAGAUUUAGGUAAUGAUAUUACAAAGUCCAUAUUUGGUAGAGAUCUACAAAUUGCGUAUGAUUUAUCGAAUCAUCAAUACAUGAAUAAACAAAUUCCAAGUAUAUGUUACAGGUGUUUGGACUAUUUAAAUAAAACAGGAGCAAUUUAUGAAGAAGGAAUUUUCAGAUUAAGUGGAUCAGCGUCAACUAUUCGUCAAUUAAAAGAAAAUUUCAAUACUAAUUAUGAUAUAGAUUUAUUCAAAAGUCCAUUGAAACCAGAUAUUCAUACAGUAUCAGGUUUAUUUAAAACUUAUCUUAGAGAAUUACCAAAUCCAAUUUUAGGAACAGAAACUUAUAACCAAAUGAAUUCAAUAAUUAUGGUUUCAUCAUACUCGAAAUCUCAAAUAUCAAUUAAAUUUAAAGAAAUUCUAAAUUCAAAUUUAAUUUCCAAAAUCAAUUAUGAUUUAUCUUAUUGUAUUUUUAAAUUUUUAAAAUCAAUUAUUUCACAAAGUUCAAUAAAUAGAAUGAAUUUAAAAAAUGUUUGUAUUGUAUUUGUACCAACUUUAAAUUUAAGUUUAGAAGUUUUAAGUUCAAUUUUAAUUGAUUUUGAGUUUAUAUUUGAUGAUGGUGAUCGACCUAUAUCUGAUGAUAAUAGAGAAGUUUUGGAUUUACAUAUUCCAACAUUUUAA